UAAGGUUUUAACCCUGUAGUGUGUGCGGGAGGUUGUUGAAACAAUUCCAUGGAAGACCGAAGUGCAGGAAGAAGAGGCAACCUGAUGAUGACACAAAUAUUGUGGUUCUUCUUCAUCGCCGCAUGCGUAAAGCUUCUGCUCAUCCCAUCAUAUCAUAGCACUGAUUUUGAAGUUCACCGCCACUGGCUGGCUCUCACUCACUCUCUCCCUCUCUCUGAUUGGUACUUGGACGAGACCAGCCCUUGGACUCUCGAUUACCCUCCAUUUUUCGCCUACUUUGAACGAUUCCUCUCUAUUUUCGCCCACCUCAUUGAUCCCAAGAUUGUGGAUAUUCACAAUGGCCUAAACUAUAAUGCCAAUUCGGUUAUCUAUUUUCACAGAAUUAGUGUUAUUUUAUCAGAUUUGUGGCUAUUGUUUGGGGUUUAUAGAUUGAGCAAAAAAUUGGAUGUUAAAAAGCGAGAUUUGAUGUGGGUAUUAAUCAUUUGGUCUCCUGGGCUGGUGAUUGUGGAUCACCUGCAUUUUCAGUACAAUGGUUUUCUGUUGGGUUGGUUGUUGCUCUCGAUUUCGUUUUUACAAGAAGGGAGGGAUUUGAUGGGUGGAUUUGUUUUUGCGGUAUUGUUAUGUUUCAAGCACUUGUUUGCAGUAGCCGCUCCGGUUUAUUUUGUUUAUUUAUUGAGACAUUACUGCUGGAAGGGCUUCGUUAGGGGAUUUAGCCGUCUUAAUGUAAUGGGUGCGGUCGUUGUGGCGGUUUUCGCCCUGGCUUAUGGACCAUUUGUGUACCAUGGGCAGAUACAACAAGUCCUACACCGCAUGUUCCCCUUUGGCAGGGGACUUUGCCAUGCCUUUUGGGCUCCAAAUUUUUGGGUUUUCUAUAUUCUAUUAGACAAAGGGCUUGCUUCCUUUCUCAGAAAACUAGGUUUUGAUAUCCAGACACCGUCAGCUUCUUUCACUGGUGGACUAGUAGGAGAUUCUUCACCUUUUGCUGUACUCCCUCAGAUCACCCCAGCAACAACCUUCAUCUUGGUUUUGCUUGCCUUAGCCCCUUGUCUGAUCAAGGCUUGGAGAAAUCCCAGACCGGGGAUGAUUGCUAGAUGGAUAGCUUAUGCCUACACCUGCGGUUUUUUAUUUGGGUGGCAUGUGCAUGAGAAAGCAUCACUUCAUUUCGUGAUUCCCCUUGCUAUUGUUGCAGUUCAAAGUUUGGAGGAUGCAAGGCAUUACUUUGUGUUGUCUAUAGUAUCUUGUUACUCACUAUUCCCGCUGCUAUAUGAAGCCCAAGAAUAUCCAAUAAAAGUUCUGCUGUUGCUGUUGCACUGUGCUUUGAUGUGGGUUGGUUUUUCUGCACAAUAUGCUGAAGAUGCAGUAGGUAAAGCAACUGCACCUGCCAAGAAAAAGGUUGCUCAAUCAAAAUUGAAGGCUGCUGCUUCUGAGAAACGUGGAUUUGUUUUUGGGUGGAUUGGGAAGAUUUAUCUGUUUGGUUUUUUGGUUGUAGAGAUAUGGGGUCAGUUUUUACACCCAUAUCUUCUUGGUGAGAAGCUUCCAUUUGUACCCCUAAUGUUGAUCUCAAUAUAUUGUUCACUAGGGGUAAUCUAUUCUUGGAUUUGGCAGCUGAAAUGGAUAAUUAAACCCACCUGAUUUCUAUUCCCUAGGUGAUGUUUGUAUAUGAAUACAGCAUCUCAACACAUUUUCUUGUAUUCAUACAAACGAUUUUGGUAAUCAAAAGAUGUGUGACCGAAAAUUUCCUUGAGGAGUACCCAAAGAAGUCUCUUCCUUGCUAGAAAUCCCCAUGGUUGUGCUACAAUGGAGUUGUAAGAUUUAUUAUAAUAACUGUGGCAUUUGGGUAUUUUGCUUAAAUUUGAAAGGGGCAAAAUCUCAACUUCAAUGUGGUCACUGCCCAUUACUUUCUUUGUUUUCUGAUGAAAUCCCAGAUCUGGUGUGAAUAGUCAUGGACAAUGUCGGGGAUAUUUGCUGCUUUAUCUGUUGCAUCGACUUUUUUUUAUUAUGAACAUCUUCAUUUCAUCUAAUCUUGUUCGGAACUUCAAUUUUGCAGCAAUCCUAGAAUUAAUUCGGUGAACAUAUGCGUUGGAAUUAUUACUGAAAAGCAAAUGAAGUACAAGGCAAACAAUUUAGUAAUGUCGUGUGCUCAAUGUCUGAGCCGUUGCUCUGCUCUGUAAUCUUUUACUGGAUGUAAAUGGGUUUCUUUCUUUUCUGGGAAAAGAAUUGAAUGAGUGUUGGGGUAUUUAUCACUUUUCCCUCAGUCAUACCUCUUUUGUGGACACCUAUUGUUAUUUUAUUCUUUGCAACUUUUUCCAAA